AUGGCGGAAAAAAGACUUCAUGAAACUGAAUCAUCUGAAUAUGAUUCAAAUAUUGAUAGUAAGCGGUCUGUUAGUGAUCAAGAUCCUGAUGAUACGAUAAUGUGGAGAAGACAAGUUGUUCCCAUAAAGUAAGCGGCAAAGACGUAGUGACAAUCGACAAGACAAGAAAAAAAGAAAAAAGAAAUACAAGACACGCUAUUGCAAAGAGUGGGUAAAUAAGUUUCCAUUUGUUAAGCCUUGCAGUCAGUAUGUUAAAUACAAGGAAUACAAGUUCUUCUGCAGUGCCUGUAAUGUUAAUUUGUCCUGCUCUCAAGGAGGCAUCAAUGGCGUUUCUACUCACUCAAGUAAGUUUCAAUGUCAAUGAUUAUAAUUAUUCUUUAUAAGAUACACUUACAUUAUUGAAUUAUUGAUGAAUUUUAUAAUAGGUUCUUUGACUUUCAAAAAACUAAAUUUGACUUUCGAUCAGAUAAUCCCUUCUGCCUUAGCCCUCAAUUAGCACAUGUACACUACAUAUAAUUUGCCCCAUUUACUUUUAGAAUCCCAAAAACACAAAUCAAAUGAAAAAGCAGCAACAAGUUCAUCAUUAAGACAGUUUUUAAAGAAGCGUGAUGAUCCAUCAAUAGUAGUUCAUCCAUCGAUUCAAGCAGAAGUAAAGAUGGCCCUGAUGAUAGUCCACCACAAUACAUUUUUCAACUUGUCUGACCACCUGACUCAAAUUAUCAAAUCAGAGUUUCAUGGCCGUACUACAGCUGAAAAGUUUUCUUGUGGGCGAACCAAAACAUCUGCCAUUGUUAAUUGUAUAGGAGCAUUUCAAAAUAGAACUGGUAAAUGAUAUGAACUCUCCAUUUAGCAUCAUGAUUGAUGGAAGUAAUGACAAUGGUAUUGCAAAAAUGUAUCCGAUCACAGUGCGUAUAUAUGAUGAUGAGUUUAACAGAGUAAUGACCAAGUUUUUUGACAUGAAUCUCAUUGAAGGACGUUUAAGUUGGACAGCUGCAACUAUUUUUGAACAUGUUGAUUUUAUUUUCGAGAAAUAUGAAAUCCAUUGAAGUUUUGUGACAGGACUUGGGGUAGAUAACACCAAUGUGAACAUUGGCGAACAUGAUUCUAUUAAAAGUCGAGUUUUGGCAAAUGAGCCCAAGGUUGUUGUGGUAGGUUGCCCCUGCCACAUGCUUCACGAUGCAGCAGGUAAAGCGGCGAAUGCCUUUGGAACUGUCACAGGUUUUGACAUUGAAAAUCAUUGCGUGGACUUGUAUUACUGGUUUGACAAGUCUACCAAGAGAAAAGGAGCAUUAAAGGAAUAUUUUGAAUAUGAGUAUGAGUUGAGUAUGAGGCUGUGGUGA